AUGGGGACAGUGGAGAUCUCCCUCAAGUGUCCUAUCUGCCAGGACCUCUUCAUGGACCCUGUGUCGCUCCCCUGCGCCCACAACUUCUGCCUCACCUGCAUCCGGGCGGUGUGGAACACAGAUGUGUCCGAGGAGGGGCCGUUUUUCUGCCCAGAGUGUCAGAUCAUCUUCCCCUCCAGGGUCCCUCUGGAGGUGAACACAGACCUGCAGAGCCAGGUGAAGGACCAGGCCUGCAACGGCUGCAACCAAGGCAGCAGUGAAUCAAACAGGAGCCGUCCACAGGCCUGUAACGGCACCGCGACGGUGAGCCAGCCGCAUGGACCGCCCGGCGGAUCGGCGCCACCGUCUCCGCCCAUCGGCUGUGACCACUGCAUCGAGGCGGCGGGGUCGGUCGCCGUCAGCACCUGCCUCACCUGUGACGCCUCGCUGUGCCGCGCGCACGCUCUGCUGCACCAGCAGAGGGCAGCACUGCGGGAGCACACCGUGGUGGGCGUGACGGGGGACCCCAUGUCCCUGAAGUGCAGGGAGCACCGUUCGGAGCUGAAGCUCUUCUGCAUGCAGGACCGCGUCCCUGUGUGCUGUCUGUGCGUCCUGGUCGGCUCGCACAAGAACCACCGAGCCGUCCAGCUCCAGGAGGCCUGCUCGGACCUGAAAGAUUCGGCUGCAGAUUUCCGGGAGAGAAUCUCGGACAAGUACGGCAGGAUCCGAGCCGUCUUGGACGGAGACGAGCGACUCAUGAUGCAGAUCAUCGACGCGGAGGAGAGAUACACCACGGAGUGGCUGGAGACGCAGAGGGUCGCCAUGGAGACCCUGAUCCAAGAGGCCGACGGCCUCCGGGCCCAGAGCAGACAGCUGCUGCAGGAAACCAACAACCUGACCUUUCUACAGGGCGUGGACGGAUACCUGUGUGACCCCCAGAGGAUGAGGACGGCGGAGAGGCUGGUUGACGACCUCUCGGUGGCCUUGUCCCCACACUUCCCUCGCUUGUGGUCCCGUCUGUGUUCCCCCUCUUUGGACGUGGAGACGGCCCAUCCCAGACUGGAGGUGUCCCAGGACAGGAAACAGGUGUUCUGGCGCAGACAACCUCCCCAUGAGACCCAGAAUGCUCUCACGCCUUACGACUGCAUGUACAGCGUGUUGGCCCAGGAGGGAUUCACAGCCGGCCGGCACUACUGGGAGGUCAUCAUCCAGGACAAACCCUAUUGGCUGAUUGGUGCGACCACGGGGCCGGCCAGUAAGCAGGACGAGGCCUCCCUCGCGGGUGUGAAGGGAGACACGUUGUCAUGGUGCAUCUACCACGGAGACGGGAAGUACCUGUCGUGCCACGAUAACCUUGAAAAGCCGCUGUCGGUUCCAGGGAAGACGCUCCGAAAGCUGGGCGUUUUGGCCGACCUCCAGCAGGGGGAGCUGUCCUUCUACGAUGCCGACAUGCUGGCUCUGCUGGAGAGUUACCGCGUGGAGGGCACAGAGGCGCUCUUCCCCGUGUUCAACCCUUGUAUCAACGUGAACGGAGUCAACCGCCAGCCCCUCAGCCUGUUUUGCCUCGGAGACGCCAGUGACCGGAACGUAUACGCAGAUGAGAAUGAAGGCUGA